AUGAGAUCCAGCGUCAGCAGAACAGCGCUUAAACGCGGUGUCUCGGCCAUUCGCGCCACAAGACAAACGUCGGUGGGCGCCCUGCGGCUCUAUAGCGCAUCGGCCGCCAAAACUGGCACCCAGAGUGAGUCCAGACCAAGACCAGCGCCAAGUUUCGAUAUGGAACCUUCCAAACCCACCGACACCGCUUCUUUGCUCACCAAAAACAACUCCUCCAGCGCUAAAGCGGCAGGAAUGGACGAUUCCUUUAUCGGACUCACCGGUGGUCAAAUCUUCCACGAAAUGAUGCGCCGCCACAACGUCGACACCGUCUUUGGAUACCCUGGUGGUGCCAUUCUGGCAGUGUACGAUGCCAUCCACGACAGCGAAUACUUCAACUUCGUGCUUCCCAGACACGAGCAAGGUGCAGGUCACAUGGCCGAGGGCUACGCUCGUGCUAGCGGAAAGCCCGGUGUCGUUUUGGUGACCUCAGGGCCCGGUGCCACCAACGUCGUCACCCCAAUGGCCGACGCGCUCGCCGACGGUGUGCCCAUGGUGGUGUUCACCGGCCAGGUGGCCACCUCUGCCAUCGGUACCGAUGCAUUCCAAGAAGCCGACGUCAUUGGUAUCUCCAGAUCGUGCACCAAGUGGAACGUCAUGGUCAAGACCAUCGACGAGCUUCCUCGUCGUAUCAAUGAGGCGUUUGAAAUCGCAGUCAGCGGCAGACCCGGUCCAGUGCUCGUUGACCUCCCCAAGGAUGUCACCUCUGCCAUUCUCAAGAACCCAAUCCCAGUAAAUACCACUCUACCUUCCACCGCGCUAGCUCAACUCACCAAGAACGCUACUCAAGAGUUCACCACUUCGAACAUCGAGAGAGCCGCUGAGUUGAUAAAUAUGGCCAAAAAGCCCAUUCUUUACGUCGGAGGUGGUAUUUUGGGCUCCGAAAAGGGUCCCAAACUGCUACGCGAGCUCAGUGAGCGUGCUCAAAUCCCCGUCACCACUACCAUUUUGGGUCUUGGUGCUUUCGACCAAACUGAUCACAAGUCUUUGGACAUGUUGGGUAUGCACGGUUCUGCUUUCGCUAACCUAUCCAUGCAAAAUGCCGAUUUGGUCAUUGCGCUAGGUGCCCGUUUCGACGACCGUGUCACCGGAAGCGUGGCUAAAUUCGCUCCCGAGGCCCGUAAAGCUGCUCUCGAAAACAGAGGUGGUAUCGUCCAUUUCGAAAUCUCCCCCAAGAACAUCAACAAGGUUGUCGAGGCUCAAGUCGCUGUGGAAGGUGACGUCGCCGACAACUUGGAGAGACUGCUACCUUUGGUUGACUCUGUGGAAGCUCGUAAGGAUUGGUUUGACAAGAUUGACGCCUGGAAGAAGGAGUACCCAUACGACUACCAGAGGGAAACUGAAGGGUCCAAGAUCAAGCCUCAAACCGUCAUUAGCAAACUGUCCGACAUCGCAAACGCCUCCGGAAGAGAAACCAUCGUCACCACCGGUGUUGGUCAACAUCAAAUGUGGGCCGCUCAACACUGGACCUGGAAACACCCUCGUACUUUCAUCACUUCCGGUGGUCUCGGUACCAUGGGCUACGGUCUACCCGCUGCCAUCGGUGCUCAGGUUGCUAAGCCUGAUGCCCUGGUCGUUGACAUUGAUGGUGAUGCCUCCUUCAACAUGACUUUAAUGGAACUAACCAGUGCUGUUCAGGCCAAAGCCCCUGUGAAAAUCAUGGUUUUAAACAACGAAGAACAGGGUAUGGUUACUCAAUGGCAAUCCCUCUUUUACGAACACCGCUACUCGCAUACUCACCAGUUGAAUCCAGACUUUGUCAAGCUAGCCGAAGCUAUGGGUUUGAAGGGUAUGAGACUCGAGAAGCUAGAAGACAUGGAAUCCACUCUGCACGAAUUUGUGAACCACGACGGCCCUGUUCUUCUAGAGGUAAUUGUCGAGAAGAAGGUCCCCGUCCUACCAAUGGUGCCAGGUGGUAAGGGUCUGGAUGAGUUCAUUUACUUUGACGCAAAAACUGAGAGAGAACAGAACGAACUACGUCAUGAACGCACAGGUGGUAAGCACUAA